AUGGCAUUUCUUCCGAACUUCGAUGACCUUCCUCCUGUCAAGGGGAUGCCGCAAGGCUGUGCAUGGGGUAUCUUCGACAAAGACGACAAGAAUGAUGCCCUGGGCACCCUGAAUCUACUCACCCCAGAAGUUGUGAAGGAUGCUGUCGCAGAGAACAUGAUCCCUAAUACCACUAGUUGGCCCAUCGGAAGCAUCAAAAUCCCAGGGUUCUUUCAAAAAAGCCUCUGCCAUAAUGUCAUGAAGUUGGAAGACCCAGCAUCUGGCAGCCACUAUGGGUUUGACGAUGAGAUCGAGUUCAAUACCCAAGCCAGUAGUCAAUGGGAUAGUUUCGCUCACUUCAUGCACCUCCCAACCGGCCUCGCCUAUAACGGAGCAAAACCAACAAUCGAUGCAUUUCAAACCCUCAAAUCUGCCCAAUGUCUUCCAACACUAGACCACUGGCACCAACGCGGCUGUGCGACAGGCCGAGGCGUACUAAUCGACUUCAAAAGUUACGCGCAGAACCACGGGAUAAGCUACGACCAAUUCUCCGGUUUCCGCAUCGGGACCACCGAGUUAGAAGCAGUGGCUGUCUGGCAGGGGUUAACCUUCCGAACAGGAGAUAUCCUCCUCAUCCGAUUCGGCGUAACUGAGACGCUGGAUCAAAUGACUGGCGCCGAGCAGGGUAUUGCGAUGAGCAGCGGCAAAAUGUGUGGGCUGGAGGGGAGUAAGGAAAUGGCGCGGUGGCUUUGGGAUCGACAUUUUGCUGCUGUUGCUAGUGACAACAUGGCUGUUGAGGCUAUGCCGCCUAUCAUCGAUGGUGUUGAGCAGCCUACCCAUGAGCUUGUGUUGCAUCAGUGGUGUCUUAGUUUGUUGGGUAUUCCGCUUGGUGAGCUUUGGGAUUUGAAAGCGCUGGCUCAUGCUUGUAGGGAUAGUAGGCAGUAUUCUUUCUUGCUUACUUCGUCUCCGCUGAAUUUUCCUGGUGCUGUCGCGAGUCCUCCUAAUGCACUGGCUAUUCUGUGA